GCUCACUGUAACAUGGAUGUGGAUGUCUGACACUUUUUGCAAGAGUAAGGAGAAGAAGCCGCCAUGUCAGAUAAGAAGCCACGAGGUUCAGACACUCGUCCCAAAAGUGGCUUCCGCAGUUGGAGUGCAGACAGUUAUGUUUGGCGGGGAAAGAAACGCUCCAGGAGCUCUCGCAACGGGUCGAGUCCUGGAGGAAUGGAGGUGGAGGGGACGGAGGAGCUGGGUGUGCGGUCAACAUCGUGUCCGAGGCGGCGCAGAGAGAGAAAGUGUAGCUGCAGCACUCUCGGGGAAGCAUUGACGUCUGCAGACAUUGAUGUGGUGUGUCGGAAGGCCUUGUCCCACCGCUCACUGCGACAAAAGUUUCAGGAUGCUGUGGGUCAGUGUUUUCCUCUGCGCUCUCACCAUCACCAUCAUCAUCAUCAUCACCACCAUUCAUUGGGCUCCUCGCGACCCUUCUCAGUGCUCUUCUGGUCCAAACGCAAGAUCCACGUCUCAGAGCUCAUGCAGGAAAAGUGCCCCUUCUCGCCCAAAUCUGAACUGGCCCGAUGUUGGCACCUUAUUAAAAACCAAGCCACCAACCAGAAUGCCCUCAUGGACAUGGAGACUCCUCUCAAACCCAAUGUCUCAACUUCCUCUACCUCCCCACCAACGACCCCUCUCUCCUGGGACGACAUCUGCUGCUCUCCUGGGCCUGGAGGCACCAGUCUCGAGGACUGGGACCCUUCUUGUUCUCAUGGGGAAGCGGAGGGCAGCUGUGGCCACACUGACUACAUCCUUGUUCCAGAUCUUCUUCAGAUCAACAACAGCUCCUGUUACUGGGGUGUGUUGAACCGCUUCGAGGCGGAGGAGCUGCUUGAGGGCAAACCAGAGGGGACAUUUCUGCUCCGAGACUCGGCCCAGGAUGAGUUCCUCUUCUCAGUCAGCUUCCGCCGCUACAGCCGCUCCCUGCACGCACGCAUUGAGCAGAACGACAAACGCUUCAGCUUUGAUGUGCGCGACCCGUGCAUGUACCGGGAUCCCAGUGUGACGGGACUACUGAGACACUACAGUGACCCGGCCACCUGCCUCUUCUUUGAGCCCCUCCUUUCCAGGCCACUUCCAAGGACCUUCCCUUUCACCCUGCAGCACCUUUGCAGGACUGUGAUCUGUAGCCACAUCACCUACCAGGGCAUAGACAACCUGAUGCUGCCCUACCAGCUCAGGGACUUCCUCCGCCAGUACCACAUCAAGUGUGAUGGGGCCUGCGCUGUGUGACAGUCCAAAGCAGGCCUCGUAUUGUGGAAGGCAAAUCUGCUGUUGAGGUCUACUGUAAAUGGUGCAUAACUGGAGAGUUCUUUAAGAUAUGUGUUGAUCUGGAUGUAUCAAGAGGAAGAAUAAUUAAAGCCCCUUCUCUAAAGGUCUGAAUCGAUAUACUAUAAGAACAAUUGGACAAAAUGUGUAUUCCUUCAGUACUAAGAGAUGGUUUGAAACUUUGAAUGUUUUCUAUCUGCCUUCGGGAUAGCAACUGGAACCAAAGUCAAGGUACACUGAGACUAAUAAGGCAAACAUGUCCCCAACACUUAUUGUGAAAUGUUGACUCUUGAAGUUGGAGCAUUUUCCCAUUUGACUUCAAUUCAAUCCGAGAGAAGCACUUUCCGUGGUUUCCUGAAACGAUCCGCCUUUAAUGUAGUUUUAUUUCAUGCAAAUAUGAGGCUUAGUUAUGGCCCGGUCCUGCUCACAAUCAGUGCG